AUGGAAGAUAAUGGAGGUCAUGACGGUGCCGUCAAGCUCACUAAAUCACAGAAAAAAAAUAGGAGAAAGGCGUUAAAUAAAAAAAUGAAGAAGAAUUUAGAAUCGUUAGACAAACCAGAAGAUACUGAAAAUGCUAAGAGUAGUGUUACAGCCUUGUCAUCAAAUAAUAGUCUCGGUACAACUGCAAUUGUUGAUCAGAAGACGACAGUGUCAGCUGUUGCUGCUACCGGAGAUGGAAAGUGUUCAAACUCAGGGACGGAAAAUGAUAAAGAAACUGGUGCUGCUAAUCUUACUAAAGGACAGUUAAAGAAAAGGAGAAAAUUGGCGAAGAAAAAGUUGAAGGCAUUGACAGGAGGGCAAACUAAGAAUCUAGCCUUAGGUUGUGUGGAGGCACAUGCUAAGAUGAUUGCAGAAAAAGGCUCGGGUACGGGUAUAGUUCAUUUUAAUAACAUUUCAGUGUCAUCCCUUCCGAAGAAAUCAGAUAGUAGUCUUGGUACAACUGCAAUUGUCGAUCAUAAGAUGACAGUGUCAACUGUUACUGCUACCGGAGAUGGAAAGUGUUCAAACUCAGAGACGGAAAAUGAUAAAGAAAAUGGUGCAGCUAAUCUUACUAAAGGACAAUUAAAGAAAAGGAGAAAAUUGGCAGAGAAAAAGUUGAAGGCAAUGACAGGAGGGCAAACUAAGAUUCCAGCCUUGGGUUGCGUGGAGACACAUGAUAAGUUGAUUGCAGCAGAAGGCUCGGGUACGGGUAAAGUUUUUGAAGCAACUGGUGGUGAAAUGGUCCCACCUGUUGUAACGAUGGUACCAAAAGGAGAACUGCACACAGAAGUUGGUAACGGUAAUACUGCAACAGUUAAUUCAGCAUCAAAAAAGAGAAAGAGGCAGAAAAAUGAGAACGUGUUUUCAGCCUCGGGUGACAUUAUGAAAACUUGUGAUAAGGUAAUUGAAGAAAAAGGCUUGGGCACAAGUAAAUCCGUUGAAGCAAUAAGCAGUGAGAUAGUCACAGGUAAAAACACAAUUCCUGAUGCGUUGAUGGUGUCAAAUGUAGAAGAGCACGCAGAAGUUGCCAAUGGCAAAGCUGCAACAGGUAAUCCAGCAUCAAAAAAGAAAAGGAAGCGGGGAAAAAUGAGCAAGAAUCCAGUUUUGGGUGAAGUUACGAUGAUUUGUGACAACAGGCUGGAGAAUGUAAUUGCAGAAAACGGCUUGGGUAUAACUAAAUCCAUUGAAGCAACAAGCAGUGAGAUGGUCACAGGUAAAAAUGCAAUUCCUGAUUUAUCGAUGAUGUCAAAAGUACAAGAGCACACAGAAAUUGCUAAUGGCAAAACCGCAACAGAUUAUCCAGCAUCAAAAAAGAUAAGUGAGAACACGAAUCAACCGUUGGUUGAAAUUAUGAUAACUUGUGACAACACACAGGAGAAGGUCAUGGCAGAAAACGGGCCUGAUAUAACUAAAUCCGUUGAAGCAAUAAGCAGUGAGAUGGUCACAGGUAAAACUGCAAUUCCUGAUGCGUCAAUGGUGUCUAAAGUAGAAGAGCAUAUAGAAGUUGCCAGUGGUAAGACUGGCCCAGGAACAGCUGCAACAGAUACUACAGCAUCGAAGAAGAGGAAGAGACGGAAAUUAAAGAAAAAGGGCCUAACCUCAGAUGGCAUUUUGAGUAUUGGUGAGAGCGCACAAGAUACAGUUAUUGUGAAUAAAGUCUCGGGUACAAACAAACCUCUUGAAGCAUUGAGUAGUGAGUCAAAAAGAGAAGACCUCCCUGAACUUUUUGGUGAUGAGAAGGGCCCGAAGACCAUUACUGGUGAUGCAGAGAGUACAAUGUUAAAAACCGUUGGCUGCACAAAAGUCAGCAAUAGUGAGAUUGGGUCAACUGGAACCACAACUACUGCUCAGGACUUGCCAUUGCCAAAAAAGACCCCUCGGCAGAGAAAGAAGCAAAAAUCCGUUGCUUUGAAUACUAUUAAUAACAAAGAAGUCAAGCAAAUAACUCAAGUUGCUACAUUGGGGAAGAAGCUUGUUAUUUUUGAUGUGAAUGGGUUGCUCGCAGAUGUUGUUCUUUCCGGACCAAAGGAUGUUAAAGCAGAUGUAGUUAUUAAAAGACGAGCAAUAUUCAAGAGACCCUUCUUAGAUGAUUUUCUAAGCUUUUGCUUUGAGAGAUUCAACGUUGGCAUUUGGUCCUCAAGAACCAAGCCAGUUUUGGACCCUGUGGUUGACUUUCUAUUGGGAGAUUUGAAGAACAAAUUGCUUUUUCUGUGGGAUGCUUCAAAAUGCACGAAUUCAGGGUUGAGAACUCCUGAAGACAGACAUAAGCCCAUAGUUUUCAAGGAUCUGAGAAAGAUUUGGGAUAAAAAGGAUACUGAAAAUCGUUGGGUGAAAGGAACUUUUAAUGAAUCGAAUACAUUGUUGCUGGAUGAUUCCCCAUAUAAAGCAUUGCUCAAUCCUAAGCACUCAGGAAUCUAUCCUGCUUCUUACACCUACAAGAAUAAGGAUGAUGACUUCUUAGGUCCCAAAGGGGAACUACGAAUCUAUCUCGAAGGUUUAGUGGCUGCUGAUAGCGUAAAGUCCUAUGUGGAGCAACACCCGUUUGGUCAAGAUGACAUAGAUGAAAAGAGCCCACACUGGUUUUAUUAUGCACGUGCUCUCAAGGGUCAAAAUAGAUGAUCCUUGUUACACAUUGAGCAGCUUAUUGUACAAGUCCAAACCCAGGAUUAAACGGUUUCAAUGCAACAGAGUAGCACAUACAUUAGUAGGAAGCAAAUUGACAAGAAGUUCUGCAAAGUUUUUGCCGCUCUAAAAAUAUGCAUAUUUGAAGAUUGACUGUAAGCUUUCUAGUUCUAGCUUUUGGAAUCUGGAAUUUCCGCAAAACCAUGUGAAAUGAUCCACAUGUGGUUUCUGCUAAGGAAAUUUACACCUUUGUUGUAGUAAAAGAUAGUCGUUGGCUUUUUUGCAACUUGAAAAAUUGCUUAGUCAGAUCGUCUUGCCGCAUGUAGCAUAUCUGUGUCUUCAUCAUGCAUUGUUUCUUUUACCAAUUCAUGUUAAUCAAAUUGGGCACAUUUUCCUUUCA